AAAAAGUUGGGAGGUAUAUUUUUAAACAUGGUAGAAUGUAUAUUAUAUAAAUGUUCUGUCCACACUCUCUGUUCUCUUCUGUACCAGCAUUUUAAUGAUUCUUAUCGGGAGGGUUGAUCUGCUACUGCUAUUGGUUGCCAGCUUCUGGUAAAACUGGAUUGACCAGUCUGGGCGCCGUGCUGAGGGAGAGAGAGCCUGUAGAGCAGGCUAGUCUCAUCACAGCUAGGACUACUGAGAAGAGCUUUUGGAACUGCAGAGGAUGCAUGCUUUCCCAGAGAAUGGAACAGCCAGCGAUUCAGUGUGAAGAUCAGAAUCAUGAAGGCUCUUCUGAGAUGCAUGGACCCAGCACAAAUUUUGGAGAGAAAAAUAAAGCAGGAAGACAGCACUUUGACUUUUUAAAGGUCAUAACUCUAGGAAACAAAGACAAUGGAAGCAAACUAGAAAUGUCACCAAUUGUUAUCCCUGUUGAUGAACAGCAUGAGAAUGGUCCUGAAAGCCAAAGUCUUUCAAACACUAGUAAAAUAUAUGUAAUCAAUGGUGCAAGUAGGAAUUUUUACGUCACGUCACCAUUACUCAGUAUGGACAGUUGUGUAACCAUACCUAAGGACUCAGAGAUAAAAUUCGGAGAAGUUCUCAGUCCUCACCUAGGUCUAGAUCCCAAAGACUUAACUUCAGAAGAUGCUGGUCUUGAUGACAAAGAUAAUUACCCGGUGGGUGAAGUUGGAGUUUAUGAUUUGCCAACAACAUCUGGUGCUAGCAGUUCUCAAGGUAAUGUUCCAGAAAACCUUGCUGAAAGUAACAAAGGCCAAGAGGUUGAAGAACCCCAGGAAUCCUCCAGGUUUCUAAUCAAUGAGGAUAAUUUUGAGCGGGAAUGCCCAAUCUGCACUGAGCUCUAUGAUGCCAGCAGCCACAAACAGUCAUUGCUUAACUGCAAACAUGUCUUUUGUGAUAACUGUAUAAAAACUAUGGUCAGCAAAGCCAACGAGCCCAGCCUUGGCAGGGUGUCAUGCCCACUUUGCCGACAGACGUCCCCAAUGAUGGAGUGGGAGAUCCGUAAGAUGCAGGAGCAGAUGUUAGACAAUGGUGGCAUCUACAUCCAGCACCAGCAGGACUAUGUGGCACCAGAGACAAUUGUGCGGAGACCUGGGCUAUGUGGGGCUCUGGAGUACAGGUUCCAGAAACGAUUCCAAAAUGGCCGUCUGAUAGGUUUCCCACCUUGUGUACGUCAUCCGCAGAGAUUGGUGGACGGGCUGAACAGACUGCAGCAUCGCUGUCGCUGCUUGUACCUUUGUGCAUUGGUGCUUUUACUUUUUGCAGAGUUCUUUUGCUUUUUCUUCCUGUUUGUGCCCAUUGCUAUUUUUAUACUGUUGAUUGUUUUUGGGAAAUAGUUGCCUUUGAAGGAAAUCUGAACACUGGCCAUUUUUAUAUAACAAUAUGGUUAAAAAGUUAAGAGCUUUUUCCCAUUUUAUAUAUGCAAUACCAAUUGUUUUCCUGUGUACAUCAGGUUUAGGCUAUAAAUACACUAUAAAUUUGCUUUUUCAGCCA